AAUCAAAGUUUAUUGAAAAAAUUAUAUAGCUACAAGAGGUUAACCAGACACCUCUAGAUGUUGCUUGGAACUCAGUUGGAGUAGAUUCUCGUGUAAAAAAUAUAGAGUUGUUAUUGCAAAAUGAAUGUGAAGAUGGAGUUCGCAUGAUUGGUAUUCACGGAGUUGGUUGCAUAGGGAAAACAACUCUAGCAAAAGCUAUUUACAAUCGAAUGUUUCGACUAUUCGAUAGUAGUUGCUUCCUUUCGGAUGUUAGAUCAGAAGCUGAAGAAUUUGGUCUUGUCAAGCUACAAGAGAAACUUCUUCAACAAGUACUCAAAAAUAAGGACAUCAAAGUUGGCAGUGUUGCUCAAGGCAUCAAUCUAAUCAAAGCAAGACUCGAGUCAAAGAAGGUUCUAAUUGUUCUUGAUGACGUGGACCACAAACCAAUUAGAAUCCUUAGCAAGAGAAAGAAGUUGGUUUGGUUCGGGUAGUUUAAUGAUCAUUACCACCCGAGACAAGCGAUUGCUAUGUCUGUUUGGAGAAAAAGAGAGAUAUGAGGCCAAACUAUUAAAUGACAAUGAAACUAGUUGUUGGCAUGCUUUUGACGGUCAUUUUCCACCAGAAGAUUAUGUUAAUUUUGGCACAAGACAUAAUCAAAUAUUCAGGUAGGCUACCAUUAGCUCUUGUGACAUUGGGGUCACAUUUACAAGGAAGUUCUAUAGAAGAAUGGGGAUAUGAAUUAGAAAAACUAAAAUCAAUUCCUCAUUGUGAUAUCCAAAAAAUUCUCAAGAUAAGCUUUGAUGGACUUGAUGAUGAAACACAGACUGUUUUCCUCGAUAUUGCAUGCGCCUUCCAUGGGUUUUAUGAGCAUGAAGUUACUGAAAUGGUAAAUGCAUGUGGCUUUCAUGCUAAAAGUGCAAUUGCAACUUUAGUCCAAAAAUACUUGCUCCAAAGAUCUUGGAAUAUUUUGGAGAUGCAUGAUUUAGUGCGAGAUAUGGGAAGAGAAGUCGUUCGCAUGGAAUCAGCUCGAGAUCCUGGAAAACGGAGUAGAUUAUUCAUCCCGCAAGAAGUUUGUGAUGUUCUACAAGGAAAUAAAGGUUCCAAAAAGGUAGAAGUACUGAAGGUAGAUCGACGAGAAUUUAGGGGAGUGAACUUGAGCACCAAAGCAUUUAAGAAAAAGAAAACCCUUAGGGUUCUUAUAAUGGAUAAGUUACAUAUUAGUGGAGAUUUUGAGUUGUUGUCCAAGGAGCUCAGAUGGUUGUCUUGGAAAAAAUUUCCUUUAAAAUGUAUACCAUCAAAUUUUCCAGUUGAGAAUCUUGUAGUUCUAAAUAUGCGGGAGAGUGAUAUCUAAGAAUUUCAAUUGAAUUUGCAGGUUUGUUACUCAAUUUAACAAUUUCAUGUGUACUG